CCUCUAAUUUUCAUUACACACAUAUAUAGUCUCAGAUGCAUAACUGCGACCUGCUCAGUCUGUAUAAUGUGACGUGUUUGCCUGUUUUCAGGCCUGAUAAUUUGGUUUUGGACUACCAGUUUGUGUGCUCUUCCCUGGAGAGGACUGUUGCUCCUGCUCUUAGCAUUCCUCAGUCUCCUGUAGUUCUUUGAGAAGGGCUGAGCAGUGGUUUUCCUGUACCUUGGCAUGUCUAAGUGUUGUUGUCUUUGUUUAGCUCCUGUUCAGGCAGUCAUGUGCGUAAGGUUAUUGCUGUAGCUCCUUAACUCUACCGGGAGACACAAUCUCACAGUGAAUUCCCUAAUCCCCUGCUUUCAAUCUCUCCAUGCCAUCUUCAGAAGCAAUGUUCUCUGAGCCUUGCUUGCAGGAGGUCUUUGGUAGAUGGGUCCACCGAGACUGGGAUCCACAACUCUACAUCUUGAUCAGCUGUGGUUUUCUGUACUGAUCUCAGUCUGCUGCAAAGAGAAGUUUUCUUGUUGAGAGGGAAGGAGAUGAUCAGUCAUUCACAGAGCUGCAUUCUGUCUCCCAGGCCACUGCAUGAGAAAACCAGCAGCUGACAUGUAUAGAGAUCACUCUGUGUCGGACAGUUCCAUGCUUGGUGUGUAGGUAGAAUCCUCACACCUAGGGGCUUCUUGACUGUACAUAUGCUCCAGAGUUGCUGACUGGAGCUCAUCUUCUGAGUGCUUAUGGUCACACUUCGAAGAAAUGGCAGAGAGUCAUUAGGAUUCAACUCAGAGUCCAAACUGGUAAUUAUUUGUUCUGGAGAUUUAUUAAGAACAUUUGGCUGGGAAGCGGUGGUGCAUGCUUUGAAUCCCAGCACUCAGGAGGCAAAGGCAGGUGGAUCUCCGAGUACUAGGACAUCUUUGUUUACAGAGUGAGUUCCAGGACAGCCAGGACUAUAUAGAGAAACCCUGACUUGAAAAACUGAGAGAGAGAGAGAGAGAGAGAGAGAGAGAGAGAGAGAGAGAGAAUAAGAGGAAGAGAAGGAGGCAGAGGUAAGGGGGACAAAGGGGAGAGAAAAGAAGAGAAAGAGACAAAGAAAAUGAAUGAAUAAUGAAUGAAUGAAAAAGAAGGUGAAUGAAUACUUGGCCAGCAGGGAAGAGGGCACUGAGAUAAACGAUCCUGUGCACGUGUGUCUGACAAUCAAGUGAGAUGCAGCUAUUACCCCUUAAUAAACCAAACAUGUGGACCAGGAGAGGAAAUUUUUUUAUAACUUCUGGAAAUGUUUAAUGUACCAGAAAGUUUGUAUUCUGAGACAGCCCCACUAUGGUUCGAAGAGUUCAGUUUUGCUUGAGAAGCAUCAGGACAGUGGGGACAGUGGGGACUAUGGGGAUGGUCUCAAGGGGGUGUGAGCUGGAGCUGAGUUCCAAUUAGACAAGUUAUAAUUGGGAUGAAUUGACAUCUUGUUGCCAGCUCAGGGUUGGUGGUUAAUGCUUCAUUACCAGUAUUUAUAAUGAAGAGUUUUCUCUUUUCUCCUCAGACUUUUGAUAUUUGCAAAUACACACACAAUGAAUAAGGCCAGCAUACUCCACACUAACACAAAUAUUAAAAUCACCUUGUUCUCUGAAAUGAGUGUUGGGAUCUCAGCCAACAGCAUCCUUUUUCUCUUCCAUUUCUGCAUGCUCAUUGGUGCACACAGGCCUAAGCCUAUUUAUUUCGUCAUUGCUUUCUUGUCCCUGACCCAACUACUGAUGCUGUUAACUAUGGGACUCAUAGCUGCAGACAUGUUUAUGUCUCAGGGGAGGUGGGACCCCACCACAUGCAAAUCCCUUUUCUAUCUACACAGGUUCUUGAGGGGCCUCUCCCUUUGUGCUGCCUGUCUGCUGAAUGUCCUCUGGACCAUCAUCCUCAGCCCUAGAAGCUGCUGUUUAAACAAGUUUAAACAUAAAUCUCCCCAUCACAUCUCGUGUGCCCUUUUUCUUUGCGUUCUCUACAUGUCUUUUAGCAGUUACCUCUUGGUAUCAAAUAGCGCCGUCUCCAAUUCGACCUCAGAUAAUUUUAUGUAUGUUACUCAGUCUUGCUCACUUCUACCCCUGAGUUACUCGAGACAAAGCACAUUUUCCACACUGUUUGUCUUCAGGGAAGCCUUUCUUAUCAGUCUCAUGGCCCUCUCCAGUGGGUACAUGGUGGCUCUCUUGUGCAGGCACAUGAAGCAGGCCUGGCAUCUUCACAGCACCAGCCUUUCUCCAAAAGCAUCUCCAGAGCAAAGGGCCACCUGGACCAUCCUGCUGCUCAUGAGCUUCUUUGUGUUUCUCUGCAUUUUGGAGACUGUUAUCUUGCAAACAAGAAUGAAGUUCAAAGAUGGCUUACUAUUCUACUUUAUUCAUAUUCUUGUGUCCCAUAGCUAUGCCACAGUCAGUCCUCUUGUGUUUAUUUGCACUGAAAAGCAUAUAAUUAAAAUUUUUAGGUCAGUGUGGGACAGGAAAGUAAAUAUGUGA